CCGGUCUACCGCCGCAGAAUGGGCGUGGCGCUGCAAGUGGGUGGCGUGCCACACGGCCACUCGCACGGGACGCAUCACGCGGGCGACGAUGAGGACGCGCACCUGAAGGACCCCUCGAACGGCGUCGCAGUCAUCGAGAACGGCGGCUCGCGUCCCCACAGCAGCACGGCGCGCGGAUCGGGCAACAUCAACGUCCGCGCCGCACUCAUCCACGUCAUCGGUGACUUCCUGCAGAGCCUGGGCGUCUUCGUGGCGGCACUCAUCAUCUUCUUCAGGCCCGAGUACCGCAUCGCGGACCCUCUGUGCACCUUCCUGUUUUCGGUGCUGGUGCUGUUGUCCACGAUGGCCAUCCUGCGCGAAGCCCUGACCGUGCUGAUGGAAGGCAAGCCGAGCAGCAUCGACUUCCGCCAGGUGCUCACGCUCCUCGCGCAGCAGCCCGGAGUGCACAUGGUGCACAACCUGCGCAUCUGGGCCCUCUCCAUGGACAAAAUCGCGCUCUCCGCGCACAUUGUCAUCCGGCCGAACGAGGACGCCAUGCAAGUGCUCAAGUCGUGCUCGCGCAUGAUCCGUUCCAAUUACGACAUCUUCGAGCUGACCCUGCAGAUCGAAGAGUACCACGAGGUGAUGGACGAUUGCGCCAAGUGCAACGACCUCAGGAACUGAAAAGCGUACUACUCUCGCCCCCCAAAAUGCUGGGCGUUCCUGGCUUCCCCCUUAUAUGCCUCUUCUGCGGGCAGCGAUCAAAGUUACUGCGGCUGCGAUGCUUGACGGGAUUGUCAGCACGCCGCUUCGAAGUGCCAUCUUCUCGCUGAGAUGGAAAGUGCGGACUCAGAAGAGUGUUCACAGUUGUGAAAGUGUUUAGGAGUUUUAACUAGUAUAUAUAUUUUUUUCAUCUAAGCGUUGUUGAAUAAUUCAUCUGUGUUGUCCCGUUAGAUUCUCGCAGUCACUCUGGCCUCGACACUGAGGCGAGCAGCUGAGAUAACGAAUAAGGGUUGGCUAUACUGAACGGUACUUAUCGCAGGAAUCGGUACGCGGUGAUAAUAGGUAAACCUGCAAGGCUGGAACGAAAGGAAAAUGGUACACGAUGAAGGGUACGGAAGGAACACUCGGAAUGGUGCUCCUCGUGUGAUUAGCGUUGUUAGGCAAAGCUAGUUUUACAGGACAUAUCAUCUAUAGCCUUGUCUCAUGUGUCCCUCUCCUGAUUAGUUUUAGUUAAGAAUGUGUUUUUUUUUUCUUUUCUGUUUUUUUUUUGUCAGGGUGUUCAGACCAGUGACUUCACAGAGCAAGGCGAUAUGCUCGGAGGCUGUACAGUUCUAUCGCCACUGCGUUUUGUAGAAGUUAUGAGAUCUUUGAUAUGAUCGAAGGUUGUUCAUUUAGUUCCCGUCGUUGGUGUAUAGCCGUAACAGCCGAAUACAGUGAUUAGCUGUCUUUUGUAGUAAUUAUGAUUACUAUAAGUGUACUUACUUGCUUAUCUGGAAGGGUCAUCUUGAUCGCGUUAGCGUGUGAUAAAACCGAGCUGCGUCUCAAGAUGAUAAGAUGGGGUGGCUUGCUCGUUACAGGUACGAAAUCAGGUUGUACGUUGAGUUCUAUGCCCGCAUGUACUUGCUGAAGACACUUGAAGUAUCUUAAUUUGACGAAACAUCAUAUACGCUCGACAGCUUUCUUUCUGUUUAGUGAGCACUGGAUUCUACCAUUUACAAAAAUAAAAAUUAAAUCAGGUUUUUUUUUUUUACUGCGGGUUUAGUGAAGUAAAAUCAUCACUGCAGUCACCAGUAUUGGUCAUACGCUGGGCGCUGCAUUGUGGUGCGACCCAAAACGAGAAACGGCAGCUUUGGUCACAUGAUUCGCUUCUCCCCUUCUUUCUUCUUCUCAAUAAGGAGCAAUACUUAGCGUAUUUAAAACAUGUACAUUAUCAGUAUUUGUGUUUCUUAACGACAGAAAGGUUUAGGCACUAAGCAGUCAAUCGUCAUUGUCGGAAAAUUACUGUUCCAGGCUCUGGUCGAAGAGUGAUUUAGCGCGCAAGAUGCAUUAUCAUUAUAGUUACUUCCAUCGAGUUCGAGAUGCUUGCUCGUCAUUCGGUUUGCUCGAGAAUCUGAUCCCAUUUUUUUCGCGACAUAUAUCUUAACUUUUAAAAAAGUCCGACCGCGAGCCUGUAUUGUCUCUGCAAGCUUAUACAGUUUGUAGAGUAUAGACACGCGGUACGAUAUCAAGCCUCCGAAGGAGUCCCUUAUCACAACUCAUCUCGUAUUUUUAUGCUGGCCUUGAAAGUCUGGGGCGUUUGUUUACCAUUUAUCAUAAAUUUUUAUCUCUUUAUAGCGCUGGUAUGACGUCACUACUUAGAGCGAUGAAGCUUUAUCGCAGACCUGUAGUUUGUUUUCACGUGUAAGCCAAUGGAAACCGACAAAAAAAAAAAAAAAAGCUUCAGUGUUCAGUGUACGCAAUGUUGUGCGUUUACUCUCAACUUAACAGCGCUGGUUCGCGUACGGCAAUCGGUUGUGAUUGCUUCGACCACUGAACUGUGAUCGUGUCUUGGAAGUUUAUUGUUCACUUGUUAGUACUACACCUCAAACUUUGCUAAAUCAAUGCAAGAACAUGCAUCUCGUCCCCGUGUUUCUGGGGCUGCAUCUUAUUGUAUAUAUACGCCGUCUUUACAUUAUGUAUCGUUGUAAAUAACUUGAUAUAAAGGUGUUUUCUUUUA